AUGCACAUUGCAGAUCUUGUCAAUGGACUUGCCAAUCUAGAAGCUUAUGCCACUCUUCUGAAACCUUGGGGUGCCUUGAAAACUAGGCCUUGGGAUGAAGAGUUGAUGGAAAACCCAAUCUUUGCUUCUAAAGCCUGUGAAAUGGAAAGCAAGCUUUCUCUAGACAAAAGGGGGAUUACCAACAAAGACUGUUGCAGUUUAUAUUACAAGAUGGUGGGAAAGAAUAAGGAAGACAUGGUCACUGAAGUGGAACUAGUGAUGAGACCCAUAUCUGUUAUUGGUGUUGUUAGGAGGCCAACCAGUCCUGGCUGUGUGCAUGUCUCAUAUGUGACACACUUCAGCAAGCAUAAUCUGAUUGCCUUACAGUCAGCAGCACACAUGUUGGAUACUGAUGGCUGGAUGGAGAAGUAUGAAAAAGGCACAAAAGCCAUCAGUGGGCAUGCUGCUAAGUCUGUGGGGCACAGGAGAUGCUUCUGUCAAGACAGCCUGAGGUCAAACAGCCCAGAAACAUUUCUUGUUGUAGACACAUAUGCCAGAAGGCGGGACACAGUGGAUACAGAGAGCAGCAUAGCUUUAGAAUGGAUGUGUCUGGGUGAUGAGGAGACAGACCAUGCAAGUUUUCUCACAUCAUCAAUCCAGAAUGUCAAUGGAGAUCAGUGGAGUCAUCGAGAUGGGUCCUCUGAGGAAGAGGAACAAGAAGAAGAGGAUUUUGCUGAUGUACUGAGGACCCAACCUACAUGCAUUUCCCACACACAGCCUCGAGUUCACUGGGGAGAGGAGGACAUAGUACAAACAUGGCCAUCAACCCAGCACAGGCCUGUGCAAGCACUUGCAGCAGCUCAAAUGGGGUCUACCACAAUUAAGAAAAAUGUCAAGAGAGUUCAGAAACUGAAUGUCAAAGAUGCUCAAAGCAAAGUUGACAAGCAUUUUCAGCAGAAGGAGUCACAAAGUCGCUGCAAACCUGCAUUUCCUAGGGAAUGCACUACUGCAUCUCAACUUUUCAUUUUGAAAGCUGCAGACAGGGCAAAUGGAACAAAGGCAAAACAGAAAUGCCCACCAAGAGAUGCAGGAGAAUGUAGAGAUGCAGGAGAAUGUAGAGACAAGUUUGAGCAAAUUCAAUUUAAUAUCCAUGCCCAACCCAAAGUCCAAGAGCAUCAGCUACGAACAGCAUGUGCCAGGCACCCAGUAAAGAUUCUACAGAGAGAAGCUCAGUUACAUGGAGAAGUGAAGUCAAUUGCUGUUGACCUCUUGCUUGAGCACUAUAAGCUGCCUCUUCAUCAAGACCCAGAGGACAUAGCCAAUGAAGUUGAGCAUCUCACUACCAACUCAAGGUUUCUAUACACUGAUCUAUGGAACUCCUUUCCUCAGAAGAUCUUUGAAAACCUGAUGAUCCAAGCAGUCUAUUUGACUGCAUUUUUCCAUGAUAUGAAGAGCAAUGGAGUACAAUUUAAGCACAUAUUUGGCAAAGGACAGCCUGCAUUGCUUGCCCUUAUCAUAACUUCAAUUCACUGUGCUCUGGAACAAUGGGCAAGUGGGGAGAGGAAGUUGGGAAUGUCCCACAAAUUUACCACCCAAACCUGGGGCUCAGUCUACCAGGAUCACCUAGACAAUGUCAAAGAGUUCUCGAAGGCUUUUCUGAACCAAUUCAACUGGAUGAUGCAAGAGAUGUAUUGGAAUGUGAUGUACAUGUCUCUGGCAGCAAGCAGGGCCUUUGUGGUGAAAAAAAACAAGCGCUUGCUUUAUGUCAGCAACCUGUUGGAGAGGCUGCAAGCCAAGGAUCUUGCAUCAGAUGACACCAAAGAUUCCAGCAUUGAUAUUGAAUGGAGCAGCAGGGCAGCAUCACCUCACCCAGAACUGUUGUGCACUCCCAAAGUUGAGGAGGCAAGCAUCAACCUGGACAAGAAUUUGUUGUUGCAAUCAUGCAUGAGCCAUGAGGCCAAGGCUAGUCUGCCAAUGGUUGAUAAAAUAUCUUCACAAGCCCAAACUGCCAAGGACAAACUUUGGCCAGCAUUCACUUCUACUACCAGUCUUCUGGACCCUUCCAGCUUGUUUUAG